AUGAGGGUCUACUUGUAUCAAAUGCGACCGGUGCUGUUCCUUUUCUAUUCCGUUGAGACGAUGGUCAAUAUGGUCCUGCUGCACUUCCAUCUGGAUGUCUUCAGUUUUAUCAAUACGGCAUUGAUGGGAUGGUUCGAUACCUUAACCCAUUACUUUUAUAUGAUUUACUUUUAUACAUUCACGAUGGUAACACUCUUUGCCAGCAUAAAUCUUUGUACAGGAAACAGAACCUCAAUAGUGGUAGAAGUAGUACGUCCAUUUGUCGGUUUUGUUAUGUACACUAUAUGUUCUUUGUUGGCAUUAAGUGAUGCCGAAACGGAUUUGUACAUUUUAUACGAUAAAUCAAAACCGGAGGAUAUACUACUGCCGGAAAAGCCACUUCAUCCGUAUUUCGAUAUUUUAAGGUCUAUGGCCAAGACCUCUUUGGUUGCCAGUGUUAUUCAUCUGCUGCAUUGCCUCAUCUCAUUGGAUGUUCUGCUGUCGAACGAUGAUUCAGAUGACGAACGGGGCGAGGAAGCUGAGGCCACCGAUGAGGAAGUACAGUCGGACUAUCUACCGGUACGUCUUUAUGUACUCGGCGGCGUAGUACAACACUGGCUGGAGCAGUUUGAAUGGUUUCGCGACUACACCGGCAGUGGCUUUAGUACUAUCUAA